AAAAUUGUCACUUGCAUUGAGAUCACGUAUUACAUAUUCGGUUGUUUGUGCAUGAGUGAAAGAAGGUGUGUUUGUGUGUUUAAGGGUUUUAGUUUUCUCUACUCAGCUCCUUUGUGGUUUUAAUUUAAGUUGCUCACACAUGCUCCCACACAGAAGUGAAACGGUUGCGGUCAGGAGUGUGUGUGUGUGUGUGUGCGCGCACGCGUGUGUGUGUAUGUGUGUGUGUGUGUGUGUGUGCAGGUCCAUAUGUGUGUCGGUAGUAGUGUGAUUUCUAGAUCUCUGCACCUUAACCAGAGAACAGUUUCGUUUAUCUCUCCCACACUCGUUUGGUGGAUGCUGAAAUGCAGAAUCUCCUUUCACAGACAGGUACACGGUUUAAUUGCUUGCAAUCUCAGCUCCAAGACGUCGAUUUGGGUAAAAAAGGUAAUGUCUCAGGCAACGUGUGGUACAAUGCUUCUGAAACAGACCUGGCGGGUUGCUACAACCACAAGAGGUUAAUCUCAGCGCGCAACAAGCCGUACUUCAUCUGAUUCAGCAGAUAUUAACAGAGAACGAAGUAUCCUUUCCAUCGUCUGGAGGUAUUAAAGACGCUUUGAUCCAAUUAAGCCAGCUUGAUUUGCUCUAACAGUGAUUGUAAACCUGCUACCUCUUCCAUUGCGUCUCUGCCUCCUUCUGACGUGGAGGUCAUGGAGGCCAGGUUCGGGUUGGGCUGAGGCAUCUUCCUUUCUUCUCCCCUUGUGGGAGGGGUAGGAGAUUGGUUCCUGCCUAGUUUAGAGGAAACAGCCACGUUGCUCGUGAAGCAAACUGUGCAGUCGAUGCAAAGGACUAUCUAUACACAGAUGAAGUCGUGCCAGACGCUGAAGGAAGAGACGAUAAAGGAAGCCAUGUCGCAGGAGGAGGGGCCGAGGACUCAUUCCACACAGACCUACUACCAUCCUACCUCUCUAGCAGACAGCGACCUAUCACAAAAGCUCUACAAGCAGGAGGGGGUGUCCAAGCCUUAUUCAGUGCUGGUUGAAAACAAGAUGCCUGCCAAAGCACUGGCUCCUGACCUCGAACCCAAUCCUGCCCCUCUUCAGCAUUACUACAAAGAAGCUGCGGGAACAGCCGGAGCCGAGGGAGCGGUAAAGUCCAAAAACGACGGGACGUCCGAUGACACCGAGGAGGAGGAAGAAGAAGAAGAGGAGUUCAAGCGAGCACAGAUCAUUGUUGAGGUAAACCUGAACAAUCAGACCCUGCAUGUCUCCAAAGGUGAAAAGAGCAUUGCUGCAGGAGACGUAAAAAGUGACAGCGAAGAGGAGGACGAGGAGGAGGGAGAAGAAGAAGAGGAGGAGGAUGAAGAAGACGACGAAGACGAUAGUAUGGAAGAAGAGGAGAGUCCCGAGGAGGACCCGGACGAUGAGGAGGAAGAGGAAAACGAGGCACGGAGGACGAGAUCCAAGCGGACGCGCACAAAGAGUCACAUCGUCGCCGUAGCCACAGGGUCCAUCGGCGUAACCACGAGGGGGCGGAGAAAGAGCGCCGAAGCCCCGCCUCAGAAGCGCAGGUCAACGCGGGACGGAAGGAGCUCCGGUCCAUCUGUUUCAGGAGGAGGAAGGGAGGGUGAGGAGCGUGGGACACUGGCGUGUGAGAAAUGCCCACGCGUCUUCAACACCCGCUGGUACCUGGAGAAGCACAUGAACGUCACACACAGGCGCAUGCAGAUCUGCGACAAGUGCGGCAAGAAGUUUGUCCUGGAGAGCGAGCUGGCUCUACACCAGCAGACUGACUGCGAGAAGAACAUCCAGUGUGUGUCGUGUAAUAAAUCUUUCAAAAAGCUCUGGUCACUUCACGAGCACAUUAAGAUUGUCCAUGGCUAUGCCGAGAAGAAAUUCGCCUGCGAGAUAUGCGAGAAGAAGUUCUACACCAUGGCUCAUGUCCGCAAGCACAUGGUCGCUCACACUAAGGACAUGCCCUUUACAUGUGAGACUUGUGGAAAGUCCUUUAAGCGCAGCAUGUCUUUAAAGGUGCACUCACUUCAGCAUUCAGGAGAGAAGCCCUUCCGUUGUGAGAAUUGUGAUGAGCGUUUCCAGUAUAAGUAUCAGUUGCGGUCUCACAUGAGCAUCCACAUUGGACACAAGCAGUUCAUGUGCCAGUGGUGUGGCAAAGACUUCAACAUGAAGCAGUAUUUCGAUGAGCAUAUGAAGACGCACACAGGUGAGAAGCCAUUCAUCUGCGAGAUCUGCGGGAAGAGUUUCACCAGUCGGCCCAACAUGAAGCGUCACCGGCGCACACACACCGGAGAGAAGCCUUACCCGUGCGAAGUGUGCGGUCAACGCUUUCGCUUCUCCAACAUGCUCAAGGCGCACCGAGAGAAGUGCUUUCGGGUCACCAGCCCCAUGACCCAACAGCCUGCCAACAUGCCCAUCUCUGUUCAUCUCACUGGCCACACCCCUUCUUCUUCCGGCCACACCUCCAGCCCACCACUGCCCCCUCAGGGCACAUCCUCUGCCACAGCCGUGGGCCCAGGAAUGGUCGCUUCCGGAAUCGGACAUGGCUUUUCCCAUUUGCACAUGCAGGCCACGCCCCCGCAGCACCACCAAGCCCAUGUGCAUCACUCUGGCCACGCCCCUAUGACGAGCCAUGCCUCUCCUCACCAGUCCGUCCCGUCUUCUCUCUUGCCGUCUCCCCCCGCGCUUUUUAAAAGUGAGCCAAUUAACCACUGCGCCCACGAGGACGUGUACCUGAGGCCAGGCUCCACACAGCAGCACUAAAAAUCCGCCGGCUGUUCACACACACACUGAUAAUGUGUUCAGGGGUGUAUGACGAAAGCUCAGCAAAACGUGUGUGUGUGUGUGUGUGUGUGUGUGUUCUAGAGAGGCAUAUUUGUAAGUGCUGACUGUGCAUAUCCUUGCUGGGAAGCGAUCAUGUGAUCAGACAAGUUGUUUAAGGCCGGUAACCUCAGUGAACUUUCUCUCAAAUAAUAUUAGCAUUACUUUACACCUCAUAUACUGGUAAGAACUAUUCCACUUGCAUCACAAUGAUGAAAACAUACCACUGUGUGUGAGCCGGCACACUUUCGGUCUCUCUCUCUCUCUCUCUCUGUCCCUCUUUUUUUUUUUUUUUUUUUUUUUUUUUUUUUUUUUUUUUAAUCUCUGUCUCUGCUCUUUCACACCAUCUGUGUCUUUGUCUCGCACACCCGGUAUGCUUCUAUUCUCUCUCUCUCUCUCUCUCUCUCUCGCUUUCUCUCACGCUCUCGCUCUGUCUAUCACACAUUCUGUUUCUGUUUCUCACUAUGUUUCUCUCCCAUCACACACUCUGUUUCUUUCCGUCUCUCUUUCACCGUUUCUCCCUGUGUCUCUCCUCUCACUCCUCUUUCUCGUAUCUCUCACUCUCUCUCUCUCUGACACACUUUUUGUCUUUCUCUCUCUCUCUCUCGCUCUCUCUCUAUCUAUCUCAUAACAUAUCCAGCUGCUGCUGCCAGGGUUCUACGGGUUCAACACAAUUACUUGUAAAAGCUCUAAAUUCACUUUUAAAAAUGCAGUUAAGCCUUCUCUAUAUGGAAGUACACAUUUGACAUAAGCGUGUGUGUGUGUGCGCGCGCGUGUGUGUGUGUGUGCGCGUGUGUGUGUGUGUGUGUACACAAACUUACACAUGCCGACUUUGGGCACUUAAACUCAUAGAUGAUAUAACGCACUCAAGUAUGCUUGUUUUUAUGGUUGUUGUCAGAUUAUUGUGUGUUGUUUUGGGUUUUUUUCCACCAAUGGUUUUGAGACUGUAUGUUCUGUAUGAGGAUUCGUGGAUGUAAUCAAGCAAAACUUUUAGGGGAAAAGAGACUUUUGAGAAAUGAUGUCAUGUGUCAUAACAGACUUAAACCAAACCCCAUAAUUCAUUAAUAACGUUCUGUAUGAUCUAACCCACUUACCACAUAUUCUUAUUUGUAAACAUUAUGUUUUUAAGAGGAAUUUUUACGUGUGUGUGUUAAUGGGCUUGAGAAGAGGUUUAUUUGUAUUUGUAUUUGUUUAUUCAGAUGAAUGUUAGGGCAACUGUAGCGUGCAGCAGCGAGUGUGUGACUGAGUGACUGUAUACUUGUUGUGACUCUUGUAACACCUCGGGAGGUGCUGGCAUUGAAAGCUGCUUCUCUGUCUUUUAAAUGACUAUUCAUCGUGUGUGUGUGUGUGUGUGUGUGUGUGGUUAAAUUCUAUUUUGUUUAUCUGUUCUCUGCACUUUACUGCUGCAUUACAGAUUUGAACUGAAAAUGAAACGACUUAUGUCAAGCAACCAAGCGAGUGUGUGUGUGUGUGUGUGUGUGUGUGUGUGUGCAUGAGUGAGUGAGUUGGUCAGCUUUUAGAAAAGGAGGAGAAUGGACCUCGAUUUUAACUAUGGAAAGAGCUUCAGUUUCAUGUUAUAGUUGAUUUCUUCCUCUCCCUGCAGCCUUGACAGGUGGUGAUGUUUGUCAUGCUUGGACCUUCCUGUUGAUUUUCCUCUUUUCUUUCGGUUGAUAGGAUGCACUUUCUGCGUAAAGGAAACCUUUCUAGUCAAGAAAUAAGCAGACCAUGUUUAAUACUCUAGAGUGAUUUUAAAGCAGCGGAGUUAUCCCUUCUCUGUUCCCACCGCUCGACUGUAGCAGCGCGAUUGAAUCACUGUAUGGUACUCCGAUGUGCGGCUUUGCCAACUGCUUUUUCUUUUGAUUGUGUAUGAGAAAGGACGAGAGACAUGUAUUACUCACAGGCCUUUUAUAUAUAUAUAAUGCUCAUUUAACAUACUUUCUGAUAACUUUAGAAAGUAAAAAAUAAUAAGUAGUCACAUUUAUAACUUUGUUAGUCGUCAUUUAUACAUUUUUUCUUUAAUGAAAUAUGACGUCUGUCUUAUGUUCAGGGUGUGUGUGGUGAAAAUCAGCUCCUUUUGACCCUUUCACCCUUUUUCUGUCUAGUCCACAGAAGCACGUGAUUGUGGUGAGGCUAAGAGAGUGAUUAGAUUACCCGAAGUGUUAGCGAAGUACGAUUACUUCCUUCAGGGAAUGUUGUCUUUGACUUAUCUCUUUGUUCUGAGAAUACUCGAUCUCUGAUACUCUGAAUGAUCAAAGGCCAACGAAACCUCCAUCAGGUAAGUUACUGCAGUGUGAUAGUUUAUCUGUGGUUGCUGACAAGGUUAAAACUGGGCAUUGUUCCCACUUUCAGCUCUCUUGUGGGUGGAGAUGCGUACCUUAUUUGGAUCAAACAGAUACCAAUAAGGGAACCAGAUCCGCUAAUAAUUGCCGAGGAACGAUUAAAAUGAACUGAACCGCAGUGAUGUGGCCGAUUUUGAGGAAGUGUCCUAGCCAGAGUACACACAACCUACUGAUACUGCUGACUUUUACACAUUUGAGAUUUAUUUCCCUAGGGCAGCGUAGUAGGUUCGUAUUUCAUUUCCAAAUAAAAAACAAAAGUAAUCUGCUUUAGGUCAAACCUGCCUCUGGAUUAAAUCCAGAUGCACUUCUGUAAUACGAUAGAAAGGUUUCAUAUGAACAAAACACAUUUUCCCUCCACAGCAUGCUCACCUGCAAACUUCUUUACACCAGCCAGCUCUUCUUUAUCAUUUGAUAGCUAGCUAUCAGCUAGCUGGCUUACAUGUUUCCUCCAAGCCAGCCACAUGCUAUUUUUCUGCACAUGCUACAGUGUUAGAGGAAAGUGCUGUCUGUCCUAUUUUAUAUAAACAAGCCUCAGGAUUGGCUAGUUUUGCUGUGACUAAUGAGAGUAUGGCCAAUUUCGCUCACAUGGUUUUGUCUGGAUUUUAGUUCAUAAUUUCUCAAAUAGACCAAAUGCUAUUGUGUUCAGAGCAACAACAAAAAAAAAGGUAUAGAACCUGGGAUCUUGAUCACUUUUUACUUCAACAUUUGUUUGCAUUCAGGUGAACUUCUGAGGUUAAAAACAUUUCAGUGCAAUGCUGUCAUAAACAAGGGAGCACAUGAUGAUACAGCUUCUAACUAGUCGACCAAGCCUAGAAAUACUGCUGUGUAAUGAAAGCGGCCCAGACUGAGAAGUGAAAUUUAAGAUUCAGCUAGUUUUCAGCAGAAUUAGAAAACCCUGACGAUGACUGUGCACAUGUUCCACCUGACUGCCUUUUCCUACAGUUCGAGUAAUCUUUACACAGAUGUCGAAGGUCAGAUGCAUUGCUGUUUCCUUGAACGUGCACGUUACACUGAAGAAACGUUGCAAUGGAUGUUUAGAAUCUUGGCUACUAUUCACCAGAUUUCAUCACAAAAUAAGUUCAUCCUCCUACCUUUAGUGUAUUGCUUCUGCAAUGCAAUGAUUAAUGAAUCUGAAGACACACACACUAACAUUUUUUUGUUAUUUAAAAAAAUAAUGUACGGUUGUUUGGGGAAAACUUUGCCAUGAGCAAAGUUAUGCAAUAUUUGGUUCUGUAAACUUUAAACUACAGGGGGUCUAGAAGAACAAAGUUCUUGCAUUUUAAAAUCUGCUUUAAAAAUACAAAACCUCAUAUACACCAAUCAGGCAUAACAUUAUGACCACACGGCUAGUAUUGUGUUGGUGCCUCUUUUGCUGUCAAAUUAGCCCUGAUCCAACGAGGCAUGGACUCCACUGUGUGCUGUGGUUUUUUGGCACCAAGAUGUUAGCAGCAGGACUUAAAGGAUACUUACAGGUCUUAAAGGAUACUUUCGAUAGAUACUGACCACUGCAGACCGGGAACACCCCACAAGAGCUGCAGUUUUGGAGAUGCUCUGAUCCAGUCGUCUAGCCAUCACAAUUUGGCCCUUGUCAAAUCCUUACACUUGCCCAUUUUUCCUGCUUCUAACACAUCAACAAGAGGACAAAAUGUUCACUUGCUGCCUAAUAUAUCCCACCCACUAACAGGUGCCAUGAUGAGGAGAUAAUCAGUGUUAUUCACUUCACCUCUCACUGCUCAUAAUGUUAUGCCUGAUCAGUGUAUAUAGACUAUAUGGUUAAAAAAAAAAAAGUGGACAGCUGAUCAUCCCAUUCCAGAUUUAGUUCCACCUCCACAUUUCUUGGAAGUAAUUUCCUGCUUGGUUAUUACAAACCUAACUAAAUGUUUAAUUGUUAAUUAAAGAGUCCAGGCUAGUCAUAAAACAUUUUCUCUUAUCAAAGCAUCUGUUUUAGUUUACAUCAUGAUGUAAAAACAGUGUAGAUAGUUUUCUUAUAGUAUAGUUUCUUUUUUCCCCUCCAACUUUUGGAGUUUUGGAUGUUUGAGUGCAUUGGUAAUGAUACUGUAACAGAUUUAAGUGCAUACUCUGUGCUCCAGUGCUACUGCCUUAAAAUAGCCAGUCAAAAUUGCCUGUUAUUAUAGAGACCUGUGGACAAGAAGCAGAGGAGAGAGGAACAGAUGUACAGGAGAAUGUACCCAAGCAAAAAUAGGGAGAUUUUGUUGUCUGUUGUUAACAUUGCAUUAAGGUCAAAGACAACUAAUAUAUUUCCACACUCAAUACAAAUUGUGAAUGUAAAGACAUUGCCAAGCUCCACAUUUCAGCAUAACAGGUGUAUUUACAUUAUCCAAACCUUGAGCAACAAAAAUCUGCUAAAAAUUCCUGCUGGAAAGCGUUGUCUAAAAAGGCUUCCCAGUAGGAAACUUCAGCCUGGCAUCAGGAAAGCCAAGUUCAAUUAAACAUCUGAGCUGAAAACGACGUUUGCUGCCAAUGACAUAAACCGGUGAGUAUGAAAAAUCCUCCAUGGCAUAACUGACUACAAAUCAAGGCCAUUCCACUUACAAUGAUGGAUCUCAUUUUCUCAUUUUAAAAGAGGAGUGCUCCACUCUAUCCACCCCCAACCUUUCUUCACCCCCGUCAUUUACAAUCUCAGAAGAAGUGGGGAGAAUUUCUUUCAAAAGGCUAAACAAAAGAAAGGCAACUGGCCCAGAUCACCUCUAUCACUUCAUCACUGCACUGAAGUGCUGGCCUCUGUUUUCACAAAGAUCCUCAACACCUUUUUAAGAGGUCUAUUAUCAUCUCUAUACCUAAAUCACCAAAAAGACAUCAGAACUUAAUGACUUCAGGCUUCUUGCAUGUACAAUACAUCCAUGGCCAUGAAAAUGCCUGAAGUCUUGCCUAAGUGGAGUCAUGCACAUUAUAACUAAUGGAUCUACUGCAGUUAUCUACUGCACAUGUUUUGUCCCUGCUUGAUUGCUGUGUUUUGGAAUAAAUAUUUUCCCAUAUUUAAUUCCUUGGAGUACAUGUCGCAGUUGAAAGCAUUGCUUAUGCAAUUAAACAUUUUUAAAGUCUUACGUUUUCACUGCACGAUGGACGUGUAAGGACUAAGAGUGGGUUGGUUUCCAUAAUAUUCUUUUCUUUUUCCAGAGGUCAUCAAAUCUCAGCAAGAAGAACAUUGCAUAAUAUACAGUUGAACAAAUAUAUUUGCAAACUAUUGUCAUAGAAUUGAGUCAUGGUACUUUAAGAUACCAGGUAACUGGGACAGUCAAACAUAUCAGCAAUUAUUUUCAGGUCUGAUAAAUGAAUAUCUCAUUUUUGGUGAUUAAAUGCUUUCCGUGGAACUGCUUGAUAUUAAAAAAAAAAAAAAGGAGGUUGUAAGAAUCAACCAGGAGUCUGAGGUCGGAAAGUUAAGAGCACGAUAUAUACAGAUCAUCAUCAUUUCAUUGUUCUCAGAUAAAGGGAUAUAAUGAACUACAUUUUAAUGAUGCACUGACCAGUGUUGAACUCUGCUUUUAUAAAAACAUCUUAAGAAGCAGAAGAAGCCUUGGGUAUAUUUCGUGACACUUAAACCUGUUCUUGAGUAUGAGGAGAUGUUUGCUUAUACUAUGCUGUGUUCAUAUAAUCGUAGAGAUUCAUGUUCAUGGGUUACACUGUAACUGCGAGGAAUAAAUGAUAAAUUGUU